AUGGAAGAUUAACAUUUAGUUGAAUAAUUUUAAUAAACCAACUAAACAUAAGAUAAAAAAAUAAAAAAUUAACAGUCUCAAGAUAAUGAAGAUUAAGAAGAAAAAGUUUAGAUUUAAAAAAAUUAUUCUCAUUUUCAGAAUUUAAGCUCAUCAUCAAUUUAAAAUGUUCUUUCUGAUAAAAAUAAUGACUUUGGAUAGAAGAACCAAGUAGAUGAAUUAAAUUUGAUUAUGUAAGAAUAAAAAUAAAAAAAGAACUUUGAAACAUAAAAAAUCGAAUAAAAUAUUUUGAAUUAAUAGCGUCAUCAAAAAAAAGAAAAACUUGUUAAAGAGGUUUUUAAACUUGAUGGAAUUUAAGUUGACUAAGUCUAAAAAGAUAAAAAUGAUAAUAAAGAAGUUAAGAAUUAUUCUCAAACAAACAAUAAUUUAGGAGAUAAAGAUAUUAAAUAAGUUUCACUUAAUAUUGUGAUGAAAUAAAUUCCAAUAGAAACUUUUGAUGAAAAAAAUGUAAACGAAUAAAGGUCAAAUAAUGAAAGAAUUCAAAAAGGAUCAUAAUAAUUAGAAAAGUUUAAAUCAAUUAUCAAGUCUCCAAAAUUUGGAAAUUCAUAAAUUUAUUCAGGAGAUCCCUAUUUAAAUUAAAGCAUCUAAUUAGAAUAAUAAUUAUAAUAAAAAAAACAUGUGUAAUAAUAUAAUUAGAUGAUAGAGAAUAAUUUGAAUGAAAUUUUUUAAUUUUAUGCAAAUUCAUUAAUAAAUCCUAUUAAAUUACAUACAAAGUAUUAAAUUUUUGAGCAAAAAUAACUUUUAAAUUUGAAACAAUUUAUGUAAUUUUGCAAAGAUUUUAAAUUAAUAGACUUAUUAGUUACUAAUGAAUUUAUAUAAAAAUAUGCUGGUCAAAAAAGUUAAAAACCUUUGUAUUAAAUAAAAUAUAAGAAUAGAGUAAAAGAUUCAUUUAUUAUUACAAAAUAAAUUUUACAGGAAAUUUUCAAAAAAUGUUCAGGAAUUAAUUAAUUAAGUUUUUCAGAGUUUUAAUACUCUCUUAUAAAAAUAGCUGAUAUUAUAUUUCCAGUUUCUGGUUCUGUUAAAGCUUUAUAUUUAUAUUUUGGUGUUCAUAAUCCAGAUAUUUACAGCAAAAAGUUAAUAAAAGUGGAAGAUACGAAUUAGUCAAGAGUUUCAGAUCAAGCAACUAUGAAUAUAAAAUCAGAAGGAAGAAAUAUCUUCCCAUAAAUAGUAAAUAAACCGAAAGUUGAAAGUUAAAGAAUUUAAGAUACAUUUGAAAUUUCUAAAUAAAUUAAAAUUCAAUAGAAAAAUGGCACUUAAAUCUAAAAUAAUAAAUUUAAGGCUAAUUCACUAAGAUGGGAUGAUUUGGGAAAUUGUGAUUAUGAUUUUGAUCCAAGAAGAUUGCUUUUAGAAGAAGAUCUUAUAGAUUAGGAAGAUGCAUUUUAUUUAAAAGAAUAUAUGAUCACAAGAAAUGGGAUAACUAAAAAAUAGGAUUUUUUAAAGUAAUAUUAAGAAGACUAAAGGGUUAAAUAUCAGUAAAAUCUUGACUACAAUUUAAAUUAUAAAAAAAAUAAAGGUUACGCUGAGGAUAUAUAUAAAGAAUUUAUACCAGAUAUUCAUCAAAAAUGGGAGCAUAAAAAACAUACAACAUCUAUAUCUAAAAGUUACAAAUUGGGUGAGGCCUCUUUAUUAAUUGAUUCUAAUUAAACCGAAAAUUAAUCAUAUUACAUAUUGCAAAAGUAAAAGUAAAAAGAACAAUUAAUUCAUCCUAAUUCGUUUGAGGAGAGAAAAAAUUAUAAUGACAUUGAGUAAAUUUCAUUUGUAAAUAAAUCCUUUAUUAAUUAAAAUAAGAGUAUCUCAAAUGAAGGAGGUUAUAAUAACACAUCUUAAUUUCAACAUGAAAAUAAAAUGGGCAUAUAAAAAUAGGAAAAGGUUGAAAAAAAAAGAGAAUAAUCAAUUUUGGUGGGAAUUAAAAAAAGUUAAGAGAAUAAAAUAAAUAAGAUAAGAAAGAAAUGA